AUGUAUGAGGGGGUGCUGCCCCCACGGCAGGACGACGGCGCGGCAGGCGGCGCCUACAACACGCCACCCAACCCGUUCGCCAGGCCGCGCGUGGCGUAUAUCACGUCAUUGGGUCAGCAGGCCGCGCGCGGGAACGCGGCAAGCGACGACGAAACCUCAGACGGCGCAACCUCGGACGACGAGGCGCCGCAGGACGAGGAGGAGGGGGGCGGCGCGUCCCAGGAUGAGGGGGCCGAAGAGGGCGGGGCUGCGGCUGCCGCGGGGCCAGACGGCGCCGCGCCGCGCGGGACGGUGGAGCAGGUGGGCUGA